AUAGUUAUGGCGGACUGUUCGUCCAGUCAGUUGCUUAGCACCCUCAAAAAGUUAAAAUCCGUAGUUACGAGUAUUAGCGUGUUGGUUGAACGAUGAUACUUGUGGGAUCCUUUAUUACAUACCUCUUGCUGAAGCUGCAACCUUCGAAUGCUGAGAUUGCCGACUGCAACUUCCUUGAUACUGUAAAUAUCACGGAGGCCGAGAGGUUCUCGGAUGGAUCGUACCUCUACGAGGGCGUGCUCAUCCCCGCCCAUUUGACGGCUAAAUAUGAAUUCAAGCUUCUGGGAAACGGAGAAAAGGAGCAGGUGCCGAGUCACAUGAGAGGAUGUGUUUGCAAAGUCAGGCCGUGCGUCCGGUUUUGCUGCCCACAUGACCACAUAAUGAAUGGCAACAACCAAUGCGAAUCCAACAUGACCAGCAGAGAGCGGAAAUUACUCGACCCCAUUCUAAAUGUGACCCUUGCCGACGGAUCCGUGGUGCAAAGGCACUUUAAGAAGGACUUCAUAGUGCAGUGGGACCUGCCAAAGGCCUGUGAUAAUAUGUUUUACGUAGACAACCGCGAAAAAGAGUUUCAGUACACGUUGUUUGAGAAUGGAACUUUCCUGCGCCACCUCGAUCAAGCUUAUUUGAACAAGCGGGAGUACUGUCUACAGCACAUUACUCUUAAUAACAAUGGCGUAUACAAUAUUCGAAUUGUACCCCAAAACUGCCCUGUAGAGGUGUUUAGAAUGGGACAGACCGUUGUGAUGACCAUAUCGUUGAUAUGUUUCGUUCUUACAAUCGCCGUGUACCUGUGCGUUAAGAAGCUAAUGAAUUUGGAGGGCAAGUGUUUUACCUGCUACGUGGUGUGCCUGUUCUUCGGAUUCCUAUUCCUACUCCUUAAUCUGUGGCAGUUGACGAGGAGUUUCUGUCAAAUAGCAGGUUUCCUGGGAUACUACUUCGUCAUGGCUGCGUUCUUUUGGCUAUCUGUCAUCAGCCGGCACCUCUGGAAAUUUCUCACCUCAAUGAACGAUCGGUCAGAUCGUGCGUUCCUGAGAUACAGCUGCUUCGCCUGGGGAAUGCCUUUGGUCUUGACCGGAGUCACCUUUCUGGCUGGUGAAUUCGUGGAGAGCGACGAUUGGAAGCCUUGCAUGGGCGGCAAUGGCCAUUGCUGGAUCUUUACUGAAAAUUGGUCUGCAAUGCUCUACUUCUAUGGACCAAUGGUGAUCUUGAUUGGCUUCAACUUUAUCAUGUUUAUCCUGACGGCCAAGCAUUUAAGCGAAUCCAAGAGGGCUAUUAGGAAUUUUGCUCUCCAGGAAGGCAGAGAACUGGGGAUGAAGUCGGAGAAACAGAACUACGUACUAUUUCUGCUGCUCUUCACCAUAAUGGGGAUAUCGUGGAGCUUUGAGAUUUUCAACUACUUUGUGCAACGCGAAAAACUAUUAGAAAUGGUUGUGCUGGUAUUUGACUACUUCAACUGGUCCCAAGGCAUCAUUAUAUUUGUGUUAUUUAUUCUGAGGCGCAAAACUCUUACCCUAUUCAAGGAGCAGAUAUUUCACAAACCUCGUGUCGAAAGUGUGAAAACAACAUGAUCUCAAACAAUUUGUAUGCUUAUCACAACUCACUCUAUGGUUUAAAAUAUGAGAUAGUAAUAAAGUUAAUAU